AUGAAGACGGCCUUCAAAUCUGUCUUCGCCAUAAACUCGAGAAAAAGCUUCAAAGCUUACAUGCAGAGAAACCUUAACCUCUUGAAAGAAAUCUCAAACCAAAGAUUAAUCACUCAAGGAACUGCACUUCAUGGCCAUUUAAUUAAAAAGGGAAUUUCAUCAGAGAAGUAUGUAGCUGUAAAAUUGCUUGUUAUGUACUUAAAGUGUAGGAAAUAUGGUGAAAUAAAUCAGAUGUUGAAGGAGUUUAACGGGUUCAAUUUAGUUGUAUAUAACUGUUUGAUUGCUGCAAAUGUUGAGUGGGGAAAUUUGAAUGAAGCGCGCCGGUUGUUUGAAGAAAUGCCACAGAGAGGUGAGGUUACUUGGACUGCUUUGGUUUCUGGUUUGCUGAGAUAUGGAAGAGUGGAUGAAGCACUUUGGUAUUUCGAGAGGAACCCUUUUCGGGAUGUAUUUUCUUGGACUGCGAUGAUAAGUGGAUUGGUGCAAAAUGGUCUGGGUUUGCAGGCUAUGAAGCUUUUCUUGAGGAUGCUUGAUUCUGGAGUUAUGCCUAAUAAUGUUACGUUUACUACUUUUUUUAAAGCUUGUGCAGAUUCGGCUGACUUUGGGUUGGGAAUGAGUGCGUUGGCUUUGGUUGUGAAGGUUGGUUUUGAUGAGAGUUUGCCUGUGUGUAAUUCAUUGAUUACAUUCAGUUUGAAGGUGGGAGAAAUUAACUUGGCUAGAAGAAUUUUUGAUGGCAUGAAAGAGAGGGACGUUGUUUCGUGGACUGCGAUUUUGGACGCGUAUGUUGAGAUGGAUAGUUUGGAAGAGGCUCGUAGAAUCUUUGAUGAGAUGCCAGAAAGGAAUGAAAUUUCUUGGAGUGCCAUGAUUGCUAGGUAUAGUCAGAAUGGUUAUGCUGAAGAUGCAGUAAACUUGUUCCAUGAAAUGGUUCAGAGUGGGUUUAAGCCAAACAAAUCUUGCUUUUCUUGUGCUAUUAGUGCUUUGGCCAGCCUGGAAGCUUUGCAAGCAGGCAGGAAUAUCCAUGGACAUGUUAUAAAAAUUGGAAUUGAGACGGAUGUUUUCAUUAGUAGCUCACUAGUGGACUUGUAUUGCAAAUGCAAAGAAACUGGAGAUGGACGCAGAGUUUUUGACUUGACAAAGGUGAAAAAUGUUGCUUGUUGGAAUUCCAUGGUUGCUGGUUAUAGUUUAAAUUGCCAGCUUGAAGAAGCUAGGAAACUGUUUGACCUGAUACCUUGUAAAAAUAAUGUCUCCUGGAACUGCCUGAUUGUGGGUUACUUAGAAAAUGAACAAUUUGAUAAAGUUACUGACUUGUUCAAUGAGAUGCUUUUGUCUGGAGAAACACCAAACAAAUCCACUUUCUCAAGUGUUCUACGUGCUUGUUCAAGCUUAGCCUCGUUAGAAAGAGGCAAGGUUCUACAUGGAAAAAUUGUUAAACAUGGUUUCCAGUAUGAUAUUUAUGUCGGCACCGCACUCAUUAGUAUGUACUCAAAAUCUGGAGAUAUUGAAUGCUCUAAGCAAGUUUUUAGUAGAAUGCCAAGGAAAAAUGAAGUAUCUUGGGCAGCUAUGAUUCAGGCAUUUGCCGAAAAUGGUUUUGCUGAAGAGUCACUUGCCCUGUUUGAUGAAUUUGAACAUUCUUCAUCCUUUGCACCUAAUGAGCUCAUUCUUUUGGCAGUUCUGUUUUCUUGUUCUCAUUGUGGGCUGGUUGAUAAAGGACUGCAUUAUUUCAAUUCAAUGGAGAAGAUUUACGGCAUUAAACCAACUGGUAGGCACUACACCUGUGUAGUUGACAUGCUUUCUCGGUCAGGAUGCCUAUCAGAGGCUGAAAAAUUUAUCACGGGCAUGUCAUGUGAACAUGAAGUUAAUGCCUGGGUAGCUUUAUUAAAUGGUUCUAGAAUAUACAGGGAUAAAAUUGUGGCAGAAAAGGCAGCAAAAAAGUUCUCAAAAAUGGUGGAGGAGAAGUCUGAAGUUUAUGUCAUGCUAUCAAACGUUUAUGCUUCAGCUGGUAGAUGGUUUGAUGUUCUUAACACUAGAAAGUUGAUGAUAGAGAAAGGAUUAUACAAAGGCGGAGGCUGUAGUUGGAUUGAGGAGAGAAAUCAUAUUCAUGUUUUCUAUUGCCAGGAUGGAACACAUAUUGGCUCAACAGAAAUUUAUGGGGUAUUGCAACUAUUGAAAUCUGAAAUGUGAAACGUGAAUGAUGAUGCUAUAAAAGCUUGGACCUUGAACAGAGGCGUCUUGGUGAAGAAAAGCCAAGGAGGGAAAAAAAAGUUAUUCUUCCUCAGGUAUGGUAACUAACAAGACUACAUGUAGCAGCAGUGGAGAAAUUUUCUUGUCUUAUGGAAGCUAGCUAUACAGUUGUUGGAAUUGAUGUCUUCAUUGCUGAAAGUCAGGACCAUCUUGCAAGCAAAUGCAAGUUUGAGUUGUGGAAUAACCGGUUCAGCAGAAAAACCUUCCCAAGAAGCUCUGUUUCUCACAAAGUUCUUUUGCAAUACAACAGUCUAUUAGGAAAAAUGAAUUGCAGUGGAGGUCAACUGGUCAGUGAAACAAAUCAAGUGACAGAUUGGAAGCAGAAGAGGAGUUCCAUUUACAAGCACCAAAAAAAAGAAAAACAAUGAUUUCUCUUAGAAGCCUGCUACAAUGUUGCCACGGGGAUAAUCCUGUUGCUUUUUCACUGACAAAAAUGCGUCAGGUACACUAGUUUUUCUUUUUGUCUAUUUCAUCAUUCCACGAAAUAUUUUGUUACCAUAAAACCUGUACAUGUAGGUGAUAA